GACUUUGGCGACCGUUUCUAUUUUCUCUCUGGUUUUGUCGUCGGGUCGGCCCGCAAGGAAGGGGUCUUUGUUUGCGUUUCACGUUCGCGUCGCACGGUAUCAUCUGCGACCGCGGCUCUAUCGUAUCGUUACCGAGACGGAAUGUGCCCGCAUAAGUGGAAGCGUGGGUCUCGCUCCUCCCGGUCGAUGUGAAAUGUGGUGCAGUGUGCCAGAGUGGCGCCGUCAUCGAGUGCAAGUGCAGUGAGGUGCAGUGGUGUGUGCGAGCGCGCGUGGGUCGACUCGGCCACGGCGAGCGAGGUGCGCGGAGUUGGCGGCGGCCGCGCGGCCAUGACCGGCGACAUGCCUCUAGGGAGCGCGCACGCGUUCGGGCGCGCGUUGCUCCGGGACGGGGCGCUGCCGCCGCUGGAGCCCGGCCCGCCCGCGCCGCCGGCCAACAACGCGCAGCCGCCCGACAAGCGGCCACCCGCCGCGGCGGCCAGCCCCGAGCAGGUCAUGAAGCUCUACAUGAGCAAGCUCACCCCAUACGAACACCGUGAGAUAUUCGACUACCCCCAAGUGUACUUUAUAGGCGCGAACGCCAAGAAACGGCCCGGGCUGGUCGGCUUCCCGAACAAUUGCGACUACGACAACGAGCAAGGCUCGUACAUCCACAUCCCGCACGAUCACAUAGCGUACAGAUACGAGGUGCUCAAGGUGAUCGGCAAGGGGAGCUUCGGGCAGGUGGUGAAGGCGUACGACCACAAGAAGCGCGAGAACGUCGCGCUCAAGAUGGUGCGCAACGAGAAGCGCUUCCACCGCCAGGCGCAGGAGGAGAUCCGCAUCCUCGAGCACCUGCGCGAGCAAGACAAGGACAACACGAUGAACGUGAUCCACAUGUUCGACUCGUUCACCUUCAGGAACCACACAUGCAUCACAUUCGAGUUGCUGUCGAUCAACUUGUACGAGCUGAUCAAGAAGAACAAGUUCCAAGGGUUCUCGCUGCAGCUCGUCCGCAAGUUCUCGCACAGCUUGCUGCAGUGCCUGCACGCGCUGAACAAGAACCGGAUCAUCCACUGCGACAUGAAGCCGGAGAACGUACUGCUCAAGCAACAGGGACGCUCCGGAAUCAAGGUGAUAGACUUCGGCAGCUCGUGCUACGAGCACCAACGAGUGUACACAUACAUCCAGUCGAGGUUCUACAGGGCGCCCGAGGUGAUGAUGGGCGCUAGGUAUGGCAUGCCCAUUGACAUGUGGUCGCUAGGCUGUAUAUUGGCUGAGCUACUUACAGGGUUCCCAUUACUCCCAGGCGAGGAUGAAGCGGACCAAAUGGCGUGCAUCAUCGAGCUGCUGGGCAUGCCUCCUCAGAAGCUCAUAGAACAAGGCAAGAGGUCCAAGAACUUCAUCAGCAGCAAGGGCCUUCCUCGGUAUUGCACGGCCACCACGCUAGCUGAUGGCACUACUGUUCUUAGUGGAGGAAUGUCGAGAAGAGGCAAGCCUAGGGGUCCGCCAGGGUCCAAAAGUUUUGUCACAGCCCUAAAAGGCUGUCAAGACAAAUUCUUCAUUGAUUUUAUUAGAAGGUGUCUAGAAUGGGACCCCGAAAAACGUCUAACACCAGCCCAAGCGUUACGGCACGCGUGGCUGCGCCGACGCCUGCCGCGGCCGCCGCACGACGACGAGCCGGCGCCCGCGCCGCUGCCGCUGCCGCACUCGCUGCCGGCCAACCACCAGAUGAGCGGCGGGUGCGGGGCGGGCGCGGGCGGGUCGGGCGCGGCGCGCGGGGGCUCGCUGCGCACGCCGCUGGCGCGCACGCCGGUCACCUUCAACGCCUCGCAAGUCGCCAAAGCGAAACUUCAGGCGGCGCUGUCAGAGGAGAGCGGGGGCGGGAGCACGACGAGCGGCGUGAGCGGAGUGAGCGGCGUGAGCGCUGUGAGCGGCAGCGGCUGCGCGCGGUACUGGGCGGCUUCCAAGCUGCCGCACCUGCCCGCGCCCUCCUAGCGCCCGCCCUCCGCACGACGCCUCGCCAAGGUGUCGUCCCUGGAGGCGCCGCGGCGGCUGGGCGGCGCGGGCGGGCGGCUGGAGCUGGAGCGGCGCUCGCUGGACCUGGAGCGCGAGCUGCGGCCGGACCGCGACUCCGACGUGUCGCUCGACGACCGCGACCACCUCGUCUGACGCGUCUAUUGAUCUCAGUAACUCUAUGACUAAACGUGUAGUGGAAUUGUGACAGUACCCCCGGUUUUCUAUAUAUUGACGUGAACGGGUGUGUCGGUGUUAGUGCCUGUGAGUCUCGUUAGCAGUCGACGCGAAACGGCGCCGUCUCGCACAAAAUUCCCUCGAAACCCUAGAUUAAGCGAACAUGUGUGACUAAAAUAAUUUAACAAUUUUCUACAGAAUCAAAUGUUCAUUCAUUUUAAUUUUUGAAUAAUUCGAUGUUAAGUUACAUUUUGUGUAAUUAGUUAAUUUGUCUCAAGUGAUAUAAUGAAGCUGUAUUCGUAACGAAAUGGUGACCUUAUAAUCGGAAUUCUUAAAGGAUAUAAGGGUAGUUAGUUACAAGGCCUUUGAAACUAGGUUAAGAAGCUAAGCUACGCGAUUUAUUUGUCGGUUAGCGUAGUGGAUGUUGUGAUUCAUUCAUAUGAUUUUACAUAAUGAUUUGUAAAGCGCUUAUGUACUCGUACCGGUAGAAACAUAUAAUAUUGUAUCUUGGGCCAUACAUAUGGAAAGUUACAUUUAUUAUAUAGCGCAUGUUAAGUACAUUUUACAGCAUUUUAUUUUACUACUUUUAAACAGAUGUUUUUCAUAUAUUUUUGUCGUGGAAAGUGUGUCAAACAUAUCAGUCGAGCAUUUGUCACUUCUGUCGAUGUGGUUAAGAGUUCGAGGUAACUAGUCGGCCACUGAACCUAGUCCAAACUAUGUGUAAGGUUUAGGUUUUACGUUAGUCUGUAAGAAUUGAUUCAAUUAUGUUGUGGAGCGAUUCUUGCGAUGUGACGAUUGCUUACCUCGACGAAGCCGAACAAAGUUAUAUAACUCCAUCUUUCGCAUUACGCCAGUAAUUUAGUUUAAUGGACUACUUAAAUAAACCUCUACGAACAAACUAAAUAACCAUUUAACUAAAUCACCAGCAAAUUGUGAAGAAAUCUUAUGUCUCAUUUAUAUUAAGUUCACGAUCCAUAUCGGCGCCUUUUCGAGGGUGCCAAGUUUUGGCGACUGUUCAAAUCGGCGCCUUCGACUUAAUAUAAAUGAGGCACUUUAUAGAUCGCUCAGGUAGACUGUGUUUACCGUGCCGUGUUACGCAUCCAAUGGAGACUGAUAUACUUCAACGGAUGGUACAACUGUUAACCGUCUAUCUGAGCGAUUUUAGGGAAACUUGUAUUUGAUACAUCUAGUGCAAUAUGUUUGACAUAAAAGUUUAAUUUCGUCUUCCUCAUAUUAUAUUGUAUUUGUAACAAUUUACAAAGGGCCUAUGAUGUUUAUUCGAUUAACAUGCAUUUUUAUUUUUUUCGAUUUAGUUUGUAGAACUUCUUAUAUGUAGACACUUGUAAUAUGCUUACAAAUGAAUUGUAUUAUUUCGAUUUUGUGGGAAUGUAGUAAGAGCAAGCACUUAUGCAACUUUAUUUAUAUAGUAAUAAUAUUAUGUGUGAAAAUAAUUUACCCUAUUGUAAUGAAUUACGUAUUUGAUAUAUUAAUUUCCCACAAUGUUGUAAUAACGUAAUGUACAAAGUUUUGGAAAUAUUUUAACCUUUGAUACCCUAUUUAAUGAGCAGGAUAAUUCCUGUGUAUUUUAUAUGUAUAGAUAACGACCAAUUGAGCGAAGGGUUCUAUAUUUACGCGGCGGAACCCUAAUGGUUAAAGUUCCGUACGUGCUUGCUUCCCGAAUGUAUUUUAUCAUUUGACCUAUCUCACUAUACUCAAUAUAGCAUUUUUAUUUCAAUUAUAUUGUGUUUAAGUUGACUGCCGUUUUCUUAUAAUUAUGCUCAAUGAUAGUUUAAUGUCUUAGUACUCUGGAUUGUCUGAUCUAGACAUUAAUACAAUUGUGCGAUGACCUUAGUUUAUUAUUUGUGACGUGAAGAUACAUAAUAUUGUAUGUUACGAUGUAGCAAAACUGCAGUUUGUAGCUUAUUCUACCCGAGUUGGUGUCGUGUUUGCUUGUUCAGCUUCGAGCCUAUGUACGGCAGUGUUCUGUUUACAAUCACAAUUUGUGUAUCGUCACGCGUCAAUAGCGUUUUAAGGUAUUUAGUCAAUUAUUGUAUAGCUUUUUUUUAACUUUGGAAAGUGGGCUGAGAGUCAGCGAUCACAGCCCGCGUGUUGCCCACUUGUGCUAACGUGUGUCCGACGUGCGAGCUCCGCUUGGCAUAGAUCAGUAUUAAUCAUUAUGUUUCAACUCUCGACUCGCAACAUUACUGCCAAGUACAUAUAGUUAAAUUAAGUAUCGUUUGCUAUACAUGAAUAUAGCAGGACUUCUAGUUACUACAAACAUUGUAAGCUUUCGUUGGAACGCAUUUCUCUUAUACCUAGUUAUUUUUUGUGAAAUAUUUUUGUUCUCAUUUUAUAUGUAAAAGCUGGUGUUUCACCUUGAAACUCGUAACUACAAUGUGAAUAUAAAAUAAAUGAGUUAUACAAAUAAA